GAUUGUGUAUAAAUUACAGUUGAGUAUAUUUGACGAAAAGAAGAGUGAAUGGAUUUGCGCAGUUCCCAAGUAAAGGCAGAAUAAUUAUUAAUAAUGUGACGUUGAAUUUCAGCAAAACAGACUUGACUGAGUGAAAGAAAUAUAGACAUCACAUGCUCUUGUAAACGAUUAUGUACAUUGAUGCCCCUAACCAAGACGUCAUUUUAUUACAAGCAUUCGUUGCCAUUGCGCAGUAUAAAAAAGACUGGCACUAGUAGGGAAGUUAUUUCCACUUUCGCGCCAUGUUCACUUUCCAAAUGUGAUGUUGUCAACGUAGUUUUGGAAAUCUUUGAGGAAUCUUCAUAUCUUUGCUCUUUUUGUACGUUUGUUCGUCGAACCAAUGAAAAUUUGAUAAAGUGUGCCAUUUUUUGUUUUACUUGUGAACUGUAGCACAGUAGUCAGUAGCAGAAAGAAUAAAAUGGCGAAAGUGAAUAUUUGCAACGUUACAGUUCUAGACAAUCCUUCACCAUAUUUUAAUCCCUUUCAAUUUGAAAUCACGUUUGAAAGCUUGGAAGAGCUCAGUGAAGAUUUAGAAUGGAAAUUAAUCUAUGUUGGAUCGGCUGAAACUUCCGAUUAUGAUCAAGUAUUAGACUCUGUGUUGGUUGGGCCUGUUCCUGGUGGACGUCAUAUGUUUGUCUUUCAGGCUGAUAGCCCAGAUCCUAAGCGCAUUCCAAUUCAAGAUGCAGUUGGUGUAACAGUUCUGUUGUUGACCUGUUCAUAUCGUAAACAAGAGUUUGUUAGGAUUGGUUACUAUGUCAAUAAUGAAUAUACAGAUGCAGAAUUAAAAGAAAAUCCUCCUGACAAAACAGACUUUCAAAAGUUGCAACGCAAUAUUCUUGAUUCAGAACCUCGAGUGACAAAGUUCAAGAUUGAAUGGGAUAAUGUGAAAGAUGAAAAGGAAGAAAAAAAUCUUUUUCAAGGAUCAGAGCAAAAUGUUAUGAUCACUUCAUGAUAAUAAUUAUACAACUGCUUUAAUUCUGCUGUUAUUUAUGUUAGUUUAUGUAAAAAUUACAAAACUUGCCUGAGAAUAUUGUAAACAGUAUAAAUAUGAAAAACAUUAUAUGAUGAUAAUUGCACCAUGAUAUUUAAUUUGAGAUAAGGUCAUAACAGAUCAUUUGUUUUAGAACAAUGUCAAAAGACUUAGGGCAAGUAACCAGAGGUUUAACAAAGUGACGAAAGUUUCAACAUUGCAAUCAGACCUUAGAUGUUUAAUUCCGAGGCUUAUCCUGUUAUUCCACAUAUCACAAUUUGUUGUGCAACUAUUUUGUAAGUAUGUAAGACUUAGCUAGUUUAAUUGUUAUUAUCUCAUGUUGUAAGUUUGUAAAAAGAAAAAUACCAGACAUUUUGUUCAAA